AUGGCGUCUCAAGCAGAAAAUGCACAAGCUUUCUCAAACCUCUUUGCUGAAAACAUAUCAGUGCGAAAUCUCAAACUUCCGCUCAGGACCUUACCAGGCAGCUUGCAGGUAAAGUCUUCUGGCCCGCACUUGCAUCCGCUGCAAGAAAAUCUAACCACCAUCCAGCUUCAAGUUCCGUCAUUGCCAUCGGAGAUUACGGCAAGAAUAGUACCAUAUGACAAUGGCAAUGCGAACGACAUUCCCCGUCUCAUCAAAUUGCUUCGUCUGUUACAGCCAUGGGAGUCUGGCUGUUACCAGAGUCUCCUCACACAAGCAGGUGCUAUGCUGAAAUCGGUCACUGAGAUGUUUCCUCUCAAACUUCCAAGUGAUAUACGAUUGUGCCAGGCAGGCUGGCUUGCAAUGUUUCUGAUGGUUGAUGAUCUCCUGGAGUCAAUCCCGUCGUCGGAAUCUCAAGAUUGUAUUCUUGAGGCAAUUGAAAUGGUCAAUGAAUACCCCAGGGAAACCUCUAUGAGUAUUUUGUGCCUUAACCCAACACCAAUUCGCAGCAAAAACUGA